GCGGGACAAUGGCGGCCGGGCCCGGGGCUUCUCUGCAGAGCAGUCCUGCCACGGAACUCUCUCUCUCGGUUCAGCAGGCUGGAAAUCUCACCCUAGUAGAUCGGACAAAGGCAGAAGAUGUCACAGAAGCAGAAAAGCAGGGUCGCAUGGCUGUUCUGCUGGAGAAACUUCAUGCCAAACACAAUGCUUCUCGACCGUGGCAGGAAACCUACAAGGUUGUGCGUCAGGCCAUGGAGAAACGCGGUGGGAUGAAUGCAGCAGGUCACCAGCUCCUGCUCAACUGCUUGGAGACCCUGCAGAGAGCAUUGAAAGUCUCCUCUCUCCCGUCUAUGACAGAUCGUCUAGAAUCUAUUGCUCGACAAAACAUGUUGGGCUCCCAUGUCAGUCCAUCUGGGACAGAGUGCUACAUCUCAUCAGAAAAGUUUUAUGUGGAGGUGCAGCUAGACCCAAGUGGGCAGCUUGUCGAUGUCAAAGUGGCUCAUCAGAGAGAAAACCCGACGAGUUGUCCUGAGCUCAUUCAGCAUCUAAGGGAAAAGAAUUUUGAAGAAUUUUCAAAACAUCUCAAGGGACUGGUUGAUAUUUACAAGCUUCCAGGAGACAAUAAACUGAAAAAGACAUAUAUAGCUCUGCAGUCUCUGGAGCUUGAUCUCACCAAGAUGAUGCACAUGUAUAGGUUAGCAAGCAAUGCCAAUACACUGAAAACUAUUCUCCACGGGAGCGUGGGUUUCUUGACUGCCAAGAGUGGUGGCCAUCUGGUUUCUCUUCAGUGCUACGUGUCCCCGUAUGACAUAUUUGAUGAAGAAACUGGUACACAGCUCAACUUAACGGACAACAAUGUCCCAUGUUCUCUGGGUGUCAGUGUCUCUGUGACUAUUGAGGGAACUUCUGCUGUGUACAAGCUCCCAAUCGCUCCACUCAUCACUGGUUCGCAUCCAGUUGACAACAAAGGCACACCUUCUUUUUCCACUGUAACCAACUCCAACUGUGUGGACCUGCCAGCUUGCUUUUUCCUCAAGUUGAACCGCCCCAUACCUUUCUCACUUUCCUUUAUAAUGAGGAUGGGAAAUGCUACUUCAAUCCCAGUGUUUGAGACUCCACCCAACGUCUCAUCACUCUACCAGCUGAUUGUUCAGAGCCAGCUCCAGCUUCAGGAGGAGGGCAGCUCUCUACCCACACCCUUGAACAACAUGCACUUUUAUUCUGUCUUGCCUGACCAGCAGCACUGUUAUUUCCUGAAUGGCGAUGCUCCAGUCCAAGAUGGCCAUUCUCUUCAAGGAUCAAUGGUGUCCAAGAUCCCUUUCCGCCACCCAGCACAAGUGCCGCUCUUGCUAGACAUCAUUCGCCACCAGGCAGUCUAUAAUACCUUGAUAGGCAGUUGUGUCAAAAGAACUUCUAUCAAAGAAGACAGUGCAGGCCUGUUGCAGUUUGAAGUUUGCCCUCUCACAGACUCAAGUUUCAGCGUCUCCUUUCAGCAUCCAGUCAAUGAGUCAUUAGUCUGUGUGGUGAUGGAGGUGUCUGAAACCAGAGAAGUGACCUGCAGGCUUUUUAAAGGACAGUCAGAUGCUCUGAUCUGUACCGAUGAAUUCAUAACCAAAGUGGUCCAGAGAUGCAUGUCCAUACCUGUUACCAUGCGAGCCAUCCGGAGGAAAGCUGAGACCAUCCAGGCAGACACUCCAGCUCUCUCGUUAAUUGCGCAGACAGUGGAAACAAUGGUGAAAAAUAACUUGGCACCAUCCAGUAGUCCCGCCUAUAACAUGGCAGCAGGAGAUGGCAUGGGGCUCCCUGGCCUAACAGGGAGCAACACACCCACGGGUGCAGGACCGAUCUCUACUCUGUUUGGAAUGCCCCGUACGGAGAGGCAGGGCCCGGGAGGAGAGUGUCUCACCCCGGGAGGGAGCUCGGGCCAGCAACAGCAGCAGGGUCAAGGUCACUCAGAUGACUACAACAAAGUCACUCAGAAUCCAAUACUGACAAGUCUCUUACAGAUAACUGGAAGUGUGGGAUCCAGUCCCAGCUCCCAGAAUGCACCGCCACCCCACCAAACUCCACCCCCAACAUCGUCUCCUGCCAGCAAUACAAAAAAUCAUCCAAUGUUAAUGAACUUAUUGAAAGACAACCCCACGCAAGAUUUUGCAGCACUGUAUGGUUCGAGUCCAUUAGAGAGACAGAAUUCUUCAUCUGGUUCCCCACGGCCAGAUGGCAUGGGCGGAGCCUGCCCCGGAGGUAACGCAAAGGGGAAGAAGAAGAAUCGACUCCGGGUAAAUGAAAAAGGUGGAGGUGGACCAGGAACAAGUGGUGGACCUGGCGGGAUGGGCAUGAAACCUCAACACUCCUCUAUGCCGCAGCAUCACCAGCACCAUUCAGUUACUCAUGAGGACGACUUCCACCGGGAGCUGCUCUCCAUGGACGUGGACGCUUCUCAGAACUCUAUCUUUGAUGUUAAUCUAACCGGUGACGGCCUUGAUACACCCCAUAGCAUCACUCCAGCUCCCAGCCAGUGUGGAACACCACCCCCUGUCUCCAGCAUGCCUUACUCACAAGCUCAUGUCCAGUCUCAGCAGCCGGCAGGUGCUGCACCACCUCGCAUGGUCCGCCUAUCCAGCUCUGAUAGCAUUGGACCCGAUAUCACAGAAAUCCUGCAAGAUUUACCCGAGCAAACUGGCAAAGGCAGCAGUGGCAGCCACGGGCAGCACCCCACGGGCAGCGGUGGAGAAGAUGGAGGCCCUCUGGGUACUCCCAACCGUGACUCCUCCAGCUCUGGUCAGGGAAGUGCAGUGUUUGACUCAGCUGACAUCUUUAAUGCCAAUAGCAAUGAAAACCCCUUUACAGAUGCAGCUGACCUUAUUGCUGAGGUAGGAGUGGCUGCGACUGCUGCCACCCCCAACAGUGACACUUCUUCCACCAACUUCUUUCCUGACGCAUCAGACUUCAACCCUGACCUUCUGACCUCAGGCCAUGGUUUCUCCCAAAACUACUUUGAUGACAGCUCUCCGAGUGCUGAUGGAGACAUGGACCUGGUCAAAGGCUUUGGGGGAAGCAGCCAGCAGAAUACUCCAGCGGGAACUCCUCAGAAUCCCACUCCACAUGGACAGAGCACCCCAGAACCCUCACUGAAGGAUCCAUUUGAUAUGGGCAUAGUGUUUGGAGGCAGCAGCGGUGGGGGUAAACCCCCUCUGGGGCAUGCUCCAGACUUGGGAGACACAAAUGGUGCAGGGUCGCAGAGUCCCCUCAUGAUGGGGCUUGGUGUCGGCUGUACUGAUUUCAAAAGUUCAGAACCCAAAGUUAAACAACAGCAGGGUAUCGUACGGCCAAAGGAUGACAAUGGGGGCAGUGGAGGAAGCAGUACCGGGGUUGGGAUGGGAAUAGGGAGUAGCUCAACAGAGGGGAAACAGGUUAAAAGAAGCAGGACCCCAUCUAGUGAGGGAAAGUCCAAAGAGAAGCCUCCAAAACGCAAAAAGCUGGAUCCCGAUGGAAAGUCCCCCUCUCACAGCUCAGGAGGGCGGCCUUACACGCCCCCUAGUGGAGGUUCAGGCUCCGGGGGAAGCAUAAGUGGAGGAGGCUCGAAGUCUCCUGGCAGUUCAGGAAGGUCGCAAACUCCCCCCGGAGGUGCCACACCUCCAAUUCCCAAAAUAACUAUUCAGAUCCAAAAGGGAACCAUAACUGGUGGGAAAACAUCGUCCCACAGUGGCUACACCUCCAGCAGCUCUGCAACGAGCAGCACGGGGAGUGCAGGAGGAACCGGCGGGAGCAAAAGCCACCAUUCACACUCCUCUUCUUCUGGGAAGAUCAAGUCUAAAGAAGGAUCGAUGAAUCAAGGAAAUAACUCCAAGCCAGGGGGCGCUGGAGGAAGUGGUGGCUCAUCUCAGUUAAAAGGUUCCUCUCAAGGAAUGGGCAUUGGCAAGCCGGGGUCCUCCCCCAUCACUAAACACGGCUUGUCUGGGCCCGGUGGAACUGGAGGGGGAAUUGGAGGUGGUAAUAAAAUUAAACCUCAAGGAGGAAAGCCUCCUGGGUCACUCAUGAAUCCCAACAUAAAGCCCAACAUCUCCCCCUCCCAUUCCCGCUCCAGCAGCUCUGGGGAUAAAUUGUCCUCCCCGAUGAAAAUGCAGCAGUCCCAGGUUCCAGGAACCCCUCCUUCUUCUAAGGCCAAGUCUCCAAUGGGCUCAGGAGGCGGCAGCUCUGGUGGGUCAAAGUCUUCCUCCGGUGGAGGUACGAGUUCACAGAAGCCAAUCGGUGGGGGCUCUUCCUCUGGUUCCACGUCUUCCUCUUCAUCCUCCAGCUCCUCGUCUUCCUCUGGUUCUAUGGGCUUUUCUGGAGGCUCCCAGUCUCAGUACGGGAGUGGAGGUGGAGGGGGAGGAGGAGGCUCAGGUGGAGGAGGUGGAGGAGGUAGUGGCGGUGGUGGUGGAGGAGCUGGUCAGAACAAUUCAAAUAACCCCAAUGCCAAAGGGAAGUCCCCCAGUCGAAACAAAAAACCCUCUCUAACAGCCGUCAUCGACAAGCUGAAGAGUGUGGGUGGAGGAGGAGUGGAGGACGGGUGUGAGGUCGGGCCGCCGGCUGGGGGAACUGGUUCAACUUCUGCUCCCGGUGGGCCUGGAAGCGUUCCUAGUGGAUCUACCAACAUGGGCUCUUCCAAGCAUUCGUCAUCCUCUCAAAGCGGAGAAUAUAAGCGUGAAAAGUCUGAUAAAGAGGCAAAAGCCAAAGUAUCGGUUUCUGGUGGGAAUAGUGGGGAUAAGAAGAUGAUGGACCCAAAAGCAGGUGGAGGAGGUGGGAACACUCUUGCCAAAAUUAUCAUUAGUAAACCAGAUGGUGGUUCACCGAGCAUCAAGGCUAAAUUAACACUUCAAAAAGCGAGCGAAGGCUCUAAUGACUCUAUGCGUCCACAAAUUUCUAGCCUGAAAGCUUCGCCCCUCUUCAGCGGCUCUACUCCCAAGCAUGACCGCUCGUCGCCCAGCCACAGCCGCUCACCCGGAUACACCCCGCUCAAUAACGACAGCGAGAGCGAGUCGGGCAGCAGCUCGGUGGCAGAGAAGUCCCACCAGAACAGCCCCAGCUCAGAUGACGACCAAACCAUGCGCCCCCUCCCGCCUCAGGAUUACAUGAGCUCCAUGUCCCUCAGCUCAGGAGAGAAGCACAAAAAACACAAGAAGGAGAAAAAGAAGCAAAAAGAAAGAGAACGCGAAAGAGACAGAGACCGAGAAAGAGACAGGGAGAAGGAGAAAAAGAAGUCCUCUGUAUCCAUGGGGCCGUCCUCACAUCCAAUCAAAACAGACAGUUGGUCACGGUCCCCCAUCUCCGCUUCAGAUUCAUCUCUGUCCAUGCUCGGCUCCGAUCGGCCGUCCCGGUCCAGCCCAAUGUACAUGAGAAAAGAGGAUGACGACCUCAUGGACUCGGCCCUCAUCGGGAACCUUUGAUCUAAGCUGGAUCAGAUAUUUUAGGAUUUUGUUGCAUUUUAACACAUGCCUUUUAACAUGCAAAGUUAACUUCUAUUUAUUGAACUCAAGCUGCAAACUCAAACCUGAAAAGGAAGUCUUAGCUCUGAGUGAUCUUUGGCCUGAAAAAUGUUUAUUUUAUUGUCCUUUUUUUAAUCGUAUGACUAUCAUGUAACGUCAUAUGAUUGAAAUUCAACUUUUAUUGGAUGCAACAUGUCCAAGGCCACCUCACAGUACCAGCUUACAAUAGCUGUACUACAGAAGUGGGUUUGAACAGUACAUUUUCUGUGAAGUGGAUGUUAUUUUUGUCUUUUCUGUGACAUCAGAAGGUUUUUACUGUCGUGUUCUUUACAAAUACAUCUUUAAAAAUGCAUAUGUCGUUAAAGACAUACCAGAUCAUUACGAUAUUGUAUGUUCUCAAAAAAAACCUUCAUAAAUAUCCGAUGGAAAUGUGCUGUAAAGCGAUUAAAAGUGCAGUAUCCUUUUGUCUUAUUUUUCAGAUACAAGAGAAAAUGUUUAGAUUUUGCUACAUAGUGAUGUGUUCAUGUGUAAGUUAGUGUAGGUUAAACAUGAGAAGGAGAAAGAUGGACAAAGACAUACUGUUUUGCUUUUUUAAAAUUGUUUAGAAGCUUGAAAUAAACUUUUCACUUCUGGAAAAGUGUCAGCAUACAGACUUCAUUCCUUGUUUAAGUAAGAAGAGCAAAAUAAUGGUUUGCUCACCGAAGAAGAAUCAUUUUAAAUCUAUUAACAUAAAAAUUCAAUAGGUUUUCUCACUUUGUUGAAAUGGGUUAUCGUAGCUACACUAGAUGGCAGUAGAGUAUCAGACUGCUAUGUCACAACAGAUUUUCAUGGUGAUUUGUCAAGAAUUAAAUGUCUCCAGAGGUACAUCAUGAAGGUUAAAUGGUUUUUCUUGUCUGUGUUCGCAGUUAUUAUAGAAGGUUAUUUGUGAACUCAUGAUACAGCUAGCCAUGACUAAAGAUAUGUAAUAAACAACCAAGAGCUCAGAGAAAAAUGAAUUAGGAUGGUUAUAAUGAAAUGGAACUGAAAUCAUCUCAACCACUCAGUUUAUGGCAUGCAAAUCUUAGAGACGGAGAUACAAUGAGAGUUCAGUUACAAUGACUGAACCUCUAAAGCCCUGGUGCAAAUACUCACUCAAGCAUUAUCCAGGAAAAACAACCCCUGAGAGAUUAGGACUGUACCUUGUUAAAAAAAUCAUCAAAAUGAUUUAGAUGGCAUAAUGUAGAACAGGGGUCACCAAUCCUGGUCCUCGAGGGCCGGUGUCCUGCAUGUUUUACAUGUUUUGCUGCUUCAUUGCACCGUGAUAAAAGUGACUGUGUCGUUAAGAGAAUUGUGCAGACCUCAAUGACAAGCUGAUGACGAUGAUUAAUUAGAAUCAGGUGUGUUAAAGCAGAGAAAACUCUAAAACAUGCAGGACACCGGCCCUCGAGGACCAGGAGUGGUGACCCCUGAUCUAGAAAAUGAAAAUAGUCUCACAACUUGAGACCUAAAGCUAAGGAUUUGAUAUACUGCAUAUAAAGCUAUUUUCUCGGUUUGAAUAGUUAUUUUUGUAUGAUUGUGCUUAAGAUACAAAAUGCGCAAAAAUGUUUCUUAUUUUUGUUACCACGUUAAACAAUGAUGUCAAUUUAUGACUUAAUGCACGUCUGCCAGCAUUAACCAAGUCAACUAGGCUCUUCUUGCAUUAUAUGGCUUAUUUUCAAUACUGAAAUGUUAAAGUAAAUCAGAAAAAAUAUGUCAAAAUCAAUGUAACAUUUUCCUGAAAUGAAGGCAUUUUAUCCACUGUGUCUCCAAAGACAUAACAUAUGAAAUACAAAAUGUUUCCAGUCAGCUGAUCGCUUGACCUGUAGCCUCAUCACCUCACUUUUUCUUCACCGGGUUGUUUUCCCAUCCCUAGACGCCAUAACAUUUAUUGAUUUCUGAAGGUUGCUAGAAUGUCAUCACUGUCAUUGUCAACCUUAGAAUCACACAUUUUACAGAUACUAAGCUGCAC